AUGGCCAUCUCCGACCCGACUGAAAGCGUAGAAAAAUGCGGCAGGCUGCGCACGUGGCGCGGUCGACUGAUCGUGGAGGACACCUCUGUAGCCGAUAACGGCACCAUGGUGCAGUGCCGAGCGGCCAGCAGCGUCACACAGCAGGCGCGUCACAGCCGGGCCGGCCGGCUCACAGUCGCAGAGCCGGCCGGCCGGAGCGCGCCGCGGCCCCUGCCGAACCUGCCGCGGGUCGUCACUGUCGCCGAGGGCGCCGACGCCGAGCUCUACUGCCUCGUCACGGGCCACCCGCCGCCGAUAGUCCAGUGGCUGGAGGUGCGCGGCGCUGAGCUGACGCCGCUGCUCCCCUCUGGUCGUGUCGAGGUCAGCGGCCAGCGGCUGGUGGUGCGCCGGGUCAGGUCAGGGGACGCGGGCGUGUACCGGUGCUCGGCGACCUCGGCGGCGGGCAGCGCGGCGCGCGACACGCGACUGGAGGUGCAGACUCUCCUGGAGCUUCUGCGAACUGAGAAGCUGGUGAUUCUUGUUCCACCAAGAGAUCUUGAACCUGCUUGACUGAGCUCCUUCUCUUCAACCUUUCCUCCUUGGCUGUGC